UCAAACUGAGAAAGGAAUUGGACGAUGUGAGCCAAUCAGUGGGCACAUCCUGCUGGUGAGAACUGAGUUUUACUCGGUGACAUACAGAAAGGUUCUGCAGCUCUGCACAUCACAGCCCCAAGUCCAACCUCCAGCUAACGGCCAUCUGCAGCCAGUCCUGCUCGAAGGAGGGACUGAGAAAAUACAUUCUAUGGCUUUAAGGACUGUAUCGAAAGAGCUCUGUGCUUCUUGCAAUAAAACUGUGUACCCCAUGGAACGCCUGGUUGCUGAUAAACUGGUUUUCCAUACCACCUGUUUUUGCUGCAAACAUUGCAAAGCCAAACUGAGUUUGGGAAGCUAUGCAGCGCUGCAGGGUGAGUUUUACUGCAAGCCUCAUUUCCAACAGCUGUUCAAGAGCAAAGGAAACUAUGACGAGGGCUUUGGCCGCAAGCAGCACAAGGAACUGUGGCAGCAGAAGGCAGCGGAGACUAACUCCAAGUAAAGAUGAUGCCACUGUUGGGGAAGGAGCAGCUGGUUGGCAGUGAGCAAAAUGUGAAGCACUGACACCGUGUCUCUCUCUAACUGGGGACACAGCCGCUGCAUUUCCUCGAUCAGCUUUAGUGUGUAAUUUAGGGGCCAUUGCUAACAUGGGGGAAGAUUGCUGUUGUCACUGUGUGUAGCGACAUUGUAAAAUGGUCAUUAGGAUCUCCUCUGGUUAGAAGAACUUUGAAAACACAGUAUAUACAGGUGUUACAAAGUCCAACCUGAGAAUAUCUUGCUGACUGAAUUUAAAUGUUGCUUCUCGAUGUCAAUCAGACCUCAUCAUUCUGAUUUAGGAUUUAUCUACCAAUGUGGCAACAGAACUAAGAACAGCCUACUCCAUCUCCACGCCAUACAAUUCAAACUGGAAAUAAGGAACAAAAGUAAAAGCAGUACCGGGUUGCCUGAACUUUACAGGCCAGAUUAACACUGGGACCUUGGGCUUUAUAUGACCACCUAACAAUCCUGUGUUACAUACAGCAAUUCUUCCCUCAUCUACACAUUGCUAAUGUCUUUGGAAUGAUAGCCCACCUAGUGGGAUCAGUUUGCAAUUGCACAAUAUACUCUCAAUAAUAUAUUUCUUCUUAAAACAGGGUGGCUUUGUCACAGUGAAGUGGUUGUGCCAGAUAUUAAAACUGAGCUUUUUUGCAAACAAUGUGAAACGCACUGCCACCGACAAGUCCACUGUGACAGAUAUAUCUUUUAGCAAUUAAAGGUUUCAAUAAACACCAUGGUUAUCCUGGUGGAUCACUCACACGGCUUGCUACAAUGUAAGUUUUCCUGAUAACCCAGAGGGCAGUGCUCCCAACAUGAUGGCCUUCAAAUCAGAUUGCUUUUGCCCAGUUCCUUCACAAAAUAGAGGUCUGAAAAGUGUCAGUUUGGUACCAUAGGCCCUUUAACCCACCUGUACGGUAAUAUAUUUUACCAAAUUAACUAAGUUAUUCAACCUGUCUGACCCCUACCCUUGUACUCCUGAUCCCAGGUUAGAGAGAGCAUAUAAUUCCCAACAUGCUCCCCUCCUCCAACACACACAAUGCAGAGAUCCCCUUCUUGCAGAGCUCAGUACACACGAAUCCACUGAAAAACACAGUUAAAAGUCAGUGCCUUCUCCUUACAGUGAGGGUCAGUAACACCGUCACAUUUGGAGGAGGGAGGUCACUGACCCCAGCUCUCAUGAAGGACAUCAGUAACCCCAACCCAAAUGGAGGAGGCCAAUGACCCCAGUUCACAUGGUGGUGAAUAGCAUCAGACCACAGGGAAGCGAUCAGUGACUCUUCCUCCACAGAGCUGGUCAGUAAUUCCUUCCCAUACAUGGACGUCAUAGAGCCAUACACUUUGGUCCAACCAGUCCAUGCCAAACAUAAUCCCAAACUAAACUAGUCCCACCUGCCUGCUCCUGGCCCAUAU